AUGGUGCGGGACACGACGUUGUUCGUGUUGCGCUCGUGGAUGGCCCUCCCGCGCACUUUGCUUCAAAUCGGUGUUAUGGAAGCCCAGCGUCUGUGGUACUUCUGGCUAGGCGUGGCUGUUCCUCCUCGUGAAUGGAGCUUGCAGGCGCCGCAAGAUCCGAAUAUUGUGUCUAGACCGCAUCAACAAGAGCUCUAA